AUGAGCAAACACAAACUCGAGGAAGAGGCUCAAACAGCCAAACAAGACAAGAAGCGGAGGAGAAAGGAACGCAAGGAAGCUCGACGGCACGAAGACAUUACUCCCAGUUCGACUGAUGCCACUGCCCACUCGACACCUGCACCUGACAACGAGGAUGAUGGCGCAACUUACAAGCCUGACCCAUCUCUCAUUGCUCUCCCCCAAGCCGCCGUAGACGAAUUCCUCAAGUCGCAAUCUGUGCAGAUUGACGACCCGAAGGGUACAAACUUGCGGCCCAUCCUAGCCUUCACGCAGCUCUCCUCGGAACUCGCCACACAAUUCAAGAGCGUCUUCUCCUCCUUCGAUAAGCCGUCGCCAAUCCAGUCUGCGUCCUGGCCAUUCCUGCUGUCCGGGCGAGAUUUCGUGGGAGUGGCUGAGACGGGUAGCGGCAAAACCAUCGCCUUCGGCAUGCCGCUGGUGUUUCGCCUCUCGGCAUUGGGGAAGAAGAAGGGCAUAAGAGCCGUGAUCGUGGCCCCGACUCGAGAACUGGCGAUUCAAGUAUUUGAACAGAUUGACAAGUUGUGCAAAACAGCCCAUAAGCUGAAGCCGGUGUGCAUAUAUGGCGGAACAAAUAAAGACGAACAGCGUCGGAGUCUCCAGGGGGCUAAUGUGGUUGUGGCUACACCCGGGAGAUUGAAGGACUUCAUGUCGGACGGCACGGUCGAUUUGUCCAAGACUCGGUACCUUGUCUUGGACGAAGCCGACCGUAUGCUGGACAAGGGGUUCGAAGACGAUAUCAAGCACAUCAUUUCGCAGAUGCCGUCGUCGAGCAAGCGUCAAACAGCCAUGUUCACGGCAACAUGGCCGAAGUCGAUUCGAGACCUUGCAGCGACCUUCAUGAAAGAUCCUGUCAAGAUUACCAUCGGGCGCAACGCCGAAGAAGACUCGGGCGAGCUUCGUGCCAACACCCGCAUUGUACAGAAGGUCGAGGUCAUGGACGGCUUUGCGAAGCAAUCACGUCUCCUGGAACUUCUGAAAGAGCACACCGCCGGCAAGAAGCGCAAUGAUCGCAUCUUGGUGUUCUGUUUGUACAAGAAAGAGGCCUUCCGGAUCGAGAACUUCAUUCGGAGUCGUGGGUACGACGUGGCUGGAAUCCAUGGUGACAUGGCCCAGUCGGCCCGUAUCGCCAGUCUUGAAGCUUUCAAAUCGGGGUCCGUAAGCCUACUCGUCGCCACCGACGUUGCCGCGAGAGGGCUAGACAUCCCAGAAGUCAAGCUGGUCAUCAAUGUAACUUUCCCGUUGACGGCCGAAGAUUACGUGCAUCGGAUCGGCCGUACUGGUCGCGCGGGCAAAGAGGGUCUCGCCAUAACCAUGUUCACCGAACAGGAUAAACCGCUUGCUGGAGCGCUGAUCAAUGUCCUCAAGGCGGCGAAGCAGGAUGUCCCAGAGGAUUUGUUCAAGUUCGGCACAACGGUCAAGAAGAAGCAGCAUGACGCUUACGGCGCGUUUUAUCGCGAAGCAGAUGAGGGCAAGAAGGCCACCAAGAUCACGUUCGAUUGA